UUCUCAUUAUCAACAGUGUUCAACAUCUCAUCUCUUCUUCCUCCAUGGGGGUAGAUUUAUACAAAUACAAUACUUAAAGUUUGCUUUAUAGAUUAGUAUCAGUCCAAACACUUAAAUUCCAUAUACCAAACUCCCAAAAUUUUCAGAUUUACAUUUUAAGCAAACAGUUUGGUUUAGUCAAUCUUUAUCUUACUUUCACUUCCCAUCUAUUCUUCUUCUUCUUCCUCCAAUAAAACCCUAAAUAUUUUGAAAGUCAUGGAUGUAAUAGCAACUACAGCUACUGUAGUAUCCGACUUGGAUUCGCGGCAACCCGUUACCGAAGCUCCGACCCGGAUCCACCCCGCGAAGCCUAUUUCUUUCUCAAACGGGAAACGAUGCCACAACGACCACCAACAACACCAUGUGUCUGAAGUCGUUGUCACUUACAAAGAAUGUCUAAAGAACCACGCUGCUGGAAUCGGCGGUCACGCCUUAGACGGUUGCGGCGAGUUCAUCCCGUCUCCGUCGUUUAACACCAGCGACCCGACUUCACUAACAUGCGACGCGUGUGGUUGCCACCGUAACUUCCACCGCCGAGAAGACGAUCUAUCUUACGUUUCACCUGUCGUCCCGAGGAUAGAGUAUCGUCCUCAUAACCGUCACCAGCUUCCUCCUCCGCUACCUCCGGUGGAAAUUGGUAGCCAAGACGACGACGAUGAUCCUGCUUCUCCGCCUCCGAUCUCGUCUUCUUAUAUGCUUCUUGCACUCUCGGGAGGAGCGGCGACGGUUCCGGUGUCGAGGAAGCGGUUUAGGACGAAGUUUAGUGAGUUUCAGAAGGGGAAGAUGUUCGAGUUCGCGGAGAGAGUUGGGUGGAAGAUGCCGAGAGUGGAUGACGUGGAUGUGGUGGAGUUUUGUCGGGGGAUAGGGGUUGAGAGAAAUGUUUUCAAGGUGUGGAUGCAUAACAACAAGAUUCCAGGACGAGGAGGAGUUAGGAGAGCUAACGGAGGAGGAGGAGAUGGUGGAGAGAGUGUACUUCCGACGAAUGGUUCGUUUUCUUCAACGUGAAGACGUGAAACAGCAACGUCGGUGUUUGGUAGCUAGUUUGUGUUGGUUUCUCUUUGUUUGUUUGUGUUUUACGUUUUUAGUCAACGGGUCCGAUCUGUGUUCUAUUCACUUGAAAAAUGUUUUUUCUUGAUAGUUUACUAUUGUUAGAGAAUGUAACCUUCGGCCAAAAUAAAAGAUUAACCUCUAAAUUUUUAAUGAAAACAUGAUAUCCGUGCAAUUAGAUGUAUUUUCUUUUAAUUUAUAGAUUACUU